CUGCCCUUUUCUUGCCUAUCCAAGGAAAUGGACGAUAGCAAUACUUCGCCGACUUCACCUAUUUAAAAAAAUGUUUUGUAUGUUUUUGACAGGAUAAAGCAGGAUGUUGGAUCUCCAUGAGUAGGGUCUAGCCAGAGUUUUGAUGAACUGAGACGGACUGCUUGAGCGCACCCUAGAGCGGCCAUGAAGCACGACAACUCGAGGCACUGGAGGACAUGUCAGCUGAGCGCUCAUUUAUUGCUGGUUCUAAUCAGCCAAUCAUAUGCAACAUUAGAGCCUGCAUUCAGUGGAGGCAGUGCUGUGCAAAGAAAUUGUUCUGGCAGUGAAUACUGGAAUCCUGCAGGAUUCUGCUGUGAUAAAUGUCAUCCAGGGUUUAAGUUGAAAGCUGUAUGCCCUAAUUCAGGCACAAGGUCCAGAUGUGUUCCAUGCGAGGAUGGGACAUACAGAGAGAAUUCAAACAAUUUUCAAAAUUGUUUUUCUUGUCAGCACUGCAGAAAACCCCAUUCAGUGGUGAAGUCACAAUGUAGGAGUAAUAGAAAUACGGUGUGUGGAUGCAAGUCUGAAUACUACAUGAAGAUAAUAGACCCUUUGACGUGGGAAUGUGCUCCCUGUAGGCAUUGUGGAAUUGGGCAGUGGAGAACUGGAGGAUGUAUUGGGGAAAAUAAUACCAAGUGUGAAUGCAAAGAAAAGCAUUACUCUGUGAGCAAAUACUCCUGUAAACCAUGUGAUAAAUGUCGUAAUGGGUGUGAAUACAUGUGCACAUCCAGCACUCCACCUAAUGCUGUUAGAUCUGUCAGACCAACUGAUUCUACGAGCACAACACCUCAGAUAUUGGUCCCCGUUUGCGCAUGUAUCAUGGUUCUAGCAGUGGGAGCCUUUAUGAUAUACAAGAGCAGUAGGCUUUGGAGAAAGAAAAAACAGGCUUUGUCAUCCCAGAAAUCCUUACCUGAUCCUGAGGCAAAGUUUGAAGACAAGCCGAGGAUUGUCACAUUGCCACCAGACACACUGGAGGAAAGCGUCCCAUUCACAAACCACCAACUGUGUGAAAUGGAACAAUGCAGAGAACUUCCAGACUGCGUCCCAAGAGAGAUCAAACAUCACGAGUUCUCCUAUUUUGUGUUGGACGAGGUCCCUGUUGGACGAUUUAAAGAACUUAUAAGGCGACUUGAUGUUUCUGAGUCGGAAAUUGAAAGGGCAGAAAAAGACCACCGAUCCUUCAAAGAUGCUCAGUACCAGAUGCUGAAGGUUUGGACUGACCGUGGGAGUGGGAGUGGAGGGAACAACGUUGUGUCAUGUCACCUCAUCAAAAUGUUAACAGACACACUGAAAACCAUGUAUUUAGCUGGCUGUGCAGAUAGCAUUGAAAAACGUUUCUUUCUCAGGACUGAAGUUGUUCAUACUGAGGCCAUUGAAAGUGAAUGGAGAAAAGUGCAUUAAAAGAUAUAUUAAAGGGAUAGUUUACCCCCCCAAAAAAAAUAUUACAUUUGUCAGAAUUUACUCACCCACAUGUCCUUCCAAACCCAGACCCUUCUUCUGCAGAGCACAAAAGGAAAAUUAUAAAGAGCAUUGUUGUCCCUCUUUUCAAUACAAUGGCAAUGUGAUUCCACUUUCAAGCUUCAAAAAGGACACAAAAGGAUCAUAAAAGUAGUCCAUGUGACUCAUGUGGCAUAUUGGUAUUCAGAAGGCAUACAUAAGAUUUUUAUGAGAAAAUACAAGUCAUUAUUUACUGAAAAUAUUAAAGGAAUAGUUCACCCAAAAUUAAAAUUCUCUCAUCAUUUACUCACCCUCGUGCUUUCUUCUGCUGAACACAAACUCUGCUCUAAAGGUGUCCAGACCAAGGUGUCAAUGGUGACCAGACCUUUGAAGCUCCAAGAAGCAGAUAACGUCAGCAUAAAUGUAAUCUAUACAAUUCCAGUUGUUAAAUCUACGUAUAUCUGAGAAAAGACCAAAUUGUAACUCAUUUUUCACUCUACAUCUUGAAAGCAGUCUCCUUAGCAAUCAUGAUUUCAGGCUCGCUUACACUUCCUAUAGUGUCAUCUAGCCCUCUGCGCAUGCGUCAAGCACCAGGAAGUGUACAUGUUACAUUUGGGUCUGUUCACAUCCAAAACCAACUAGAUAGCUUCAAAAGACAUUGAUUGAACCACUGGAGUCUCAUGGAUUACUUUCAUGCUGACUUUAUUUCCCUUUAAGAGCUUUUGGAGUUCAGGUCACCAUUCACAUGCAUUGUAUGGACCUACAGAGCAGAUGAGUAAAUGAUGAGCAAAUUUUCAUUUUUGGGUGAGCUAUCUCUUUAAUGUAAUCACAUGUUCAUGAGAGACACUCACUUACUCACUCAAAGCAAGUUUGCAUGGACAAUUUGCAUUUUAGUUAUGCAUCCUUUUGAUACCUGAAAAUGGAAUCACUAUCCACUGCCAUUGCAAAUCAAGAAAAGCAAGGACGAGACCUGGAUAGUCUUAAAACAUUUUCAUUUUUUGUUUCCCAGACGAUAGAAAGUCAUUUACUACAUUUCAAUUUUGGGUGAACUAUUCUUUUAAACUUCCACUAAGUACCAUGCCUCAGAGAUUUCACACUAAAUAUUUUCCUUGGCUUUUUUUUUAAUGAAUAUAGCAUAGUUCUGUGUUAUGCUUUGAUGCAUUAUCAAGUCUUUUCUAUGAGGGCUGUAAUAGUUUAUAUAUCUGAAUGAGGGUGGUGAUGUUACAUUUUAGUUUUGAUUGUAUGAAUGGAUGUCUGACUCUUGCUAGUUUUUACAAAUGUUCCUCAUAUGUGUAAUGUGAAGCCAAAUACUGUAUUUUGAAUAUAAU